GCGAUAAUGAUUUGAAAUUGCUACUUAUAACGAAUGACCGAAGAUAAACAUUUUCGUUCGUCGCCGUUUUUCUCAACAAUUGCAAAUUUUUCUGCGUAUAUUUAAACGCUGAAUUACGUUUCCGUGCGAACUUCUCGUUCAAGUAUAAACUAAAUACCAGGAUGAAAGUUUUGUAUAUUUAAUUCACGAGCAGCGAGUGAAAUAUUCGAACUCUCAGAUAUGACAGAAUUAAGUUCAGAUAUACAUCCAAAGUUAUCAAUUACUGUAAUAGAACAAUUGCAACGUAAACACAUUUGCACCGUUAGUCAAUUUAUAGACGAGAAUUCCGAAAAAUUGGCAACCUUUUCAGGACUCUCGCUUAAGGAUAUACUCGAUGUUAGACGAAAUAUUUUAAAAAAGUAUGGAGGUGUAAUUAGAAGUGCCACUGAUUUAUUUAAAAUUGAAAUGAGCAACAUAACUCCCACCGAUUUACCAAGUUUAGAUAACUUGUUGAAGGGCGGUUUAUAUCCUGGUCAAAUAUAUGAAGUAUGCGGCAUAUCUGCAAGUGGAAAAACACAGUUAUGUUUAACAAUUGCAAGUAAUGUUGCUCUUAGACCCAACAGUCUUAUACGAUAUAUUGAUACAAAAAGAGAUUUUUGUGGUUCAAGAAUAAAAGAGAUUUUGUUAAGAAAAAAUUGCAAUGACCAGGUUAUAGAUGAAGCUAUGGAACAUAUCAGAGUAUGCAAUGUAUACAAUUUGCAUCAACUAUUCAAAGUGUUACGUUGGUUAACGAUUGCCUUAAAAGAAGAAAUAGAAGCACGUCGCACAAGGAUUAUAGUCAUUGAUUCUUUACCAGGAAUAAUUUUUAAGUUUUCCAGUGAUCAUAAAUUAACAACUGCAUUGAAUCAUAUAGCAAAUAUAUGUCAUUUUUUAGCUAAUGAAUUUCAUUUAUCGAUUAUUACUGUUAACUUAAUUACUCAAUGGAAUCUUGAUUCCAAAAAUGAGUCUACUAGUACAGGUGCAAGUAAGAAUCGGAAUGACGUGACUCCAACAUUAGGAAAGUAUUGGGCAGGUGUUCCUAACACAAGAUUAUUAAUUACAAAAAUAGGACUUGACAGGAGAAAAAUUUGCACCUGGCACAGCUUCCAAUUAGAAGAAAAUCUAUCAUGUACAUUAACGAUAAGCGACAGCGGCAUGCUAUGUUCUUAAUAAUAAAUAUUUUGUUUACUAUUA